UCACGGGUAUUUCUGGAUGGUGAUGUCCAAGAAACGCUGUUGUACCUCAGCUGGUAAUGUUUAAGUUUCAUGUGUUGGAAUGCAACUUAUAUUACUCCGCCAUUGAACGUCUGGUUUACAUUCUUUCUAGGUUGGACUCGAACCUAGAUGUUGCCAGCAGAGUUAACGCAGAGGUGGUCACUAAGCCUGAGUUAGCGACACUGGGAGACCUCUUCUCUUAUAUGAAUCAGGCAUCCGCUAAGGUUGCUUGGUUUGAGUGCACAGCAACAAUUUAUGAUGUCGUGAACGGUUCUGGAUGGUAUUAUAUAGGCUGCGGUGUGUGCCAUACUAAGGCAACAAAAGGUCCUACAACGCUUAUGUGUAAGAAAUGUGGGAAGAGUGAGAUCGUCGGUGUGCCGCAGUAUCUAUCGAAGCUCUCUGUAUAUGACCAUAGCGAUCAAGCCGUUUUUGUUGUCCUUGGUGAUGCUGGUGAGGAAUUGACUGGAAAGAAAGCUGCUGAGUUGGUGGAGCGAUAUUACGAGGCCAAUGAUAGUGUGGGAGAGGAUCACAUAGUUCCAGUGCCUCAAGCCAUGAUUGAUACCAUCGGACAGACCCGGAAGUUCAUUGUGAAGGUAUCAACCCACAACCUGACUGCCAAGACCCAAACUUUAACUGUGACAAAAGUGCUCCCACUUGAAGCCCCAGAACCCGAAGGCAACGUAGGAGUGAACGUUGGUAAGGAAGGUGAUAGUGUGAGUGAGGAUCAUGCAGAUAAGUUGGUGAAAAGGGGUGCUGAUGGGAUUGAGUCGGAAGGUGUGAAGCGUGCCAAAUGUGGCUAAUGAAGUUGUCUUUACUGGAAUUGUUUUGUUUAAUGCUAAGCUUGGUUUUUUUUUUCUGGAUUUGUGUUUGCAGUUUUAACAAACUUUGCUAUGAUCUCUUUUGCUAAUAAUAUCUAUUAUUAAUCUCUUUUCAUGUUUUAAAGUUUGGCUAAACAAAAAUGCCUAUCUAUAUAUCUAUAUAUGAGAAAUCAUUAUACUUGCUUGAAGGCUGAAUGAGUGUGUAGGCUAUAUAAAAAUUUGUUCAUAGUUGCCAAAGCAUAGAGAUGUGGUUAUGGUCGGUUGAUGGGUCAAGAUUUAUGAAUAUGAUUUGAAUUUGUCGCAAAUUAUAAAUGGUUUAUAAUUUAACACUACAAGAAAACGUAUCUUUACCGAGGAAGUUUAACGAGGAAAAAUAAUCCUCGUAAAAAAACGUUGAUUUUGCGAGGAAAGUACGUUGAGAAAGAAAAGCAUCGUUAUUUCGUCGUAAGUUAACGACAAAAAAUAUUCGUCGUAAAGACGAUGUAAAUUGACGUGGCUUUUACGAGGAAAUA